AUGGCGGAUUCGCCUCCCCCUUCCCAGCAUCCGCUGUGCAGUGACCAUGAGAAGCUUGCCUUGUUGCGGUUCAAGCAAAGCUUUGCGAUUGAAAUUUCUGAUUCUUGUGACUUCUCGAGAGUAGAAUCAUGGGGCUCAGAGGACGAGAGCGGAGAUUGCUGCUCGUGGGGCGGGAUCCGCUGCGACAAGGAUGCCGACCAUGUGGUCGGCCUUGAUCUCAGUUACAGUUGCCUCCAUGGUUCUCCCAGUCCAAACAGCACUCUCUUCAGCCUUGUGCACCUCCAAGAACUUAGUCUAGCCAAGAACCACUUCAAUUUCUUCGAAAUCCCAUCAUCGUUUUCCCGGUUGACAAAGCUGAAGUACCUCAACUUGUCCAAAUCUUUCUUCGCCGGGCAAGUCCCGCUAGAGAUAUCCAUGCUCUCGGACUUGGGGUCUCUUGAUCUGUCCGUGGACAAUGUCUCGUCUUUCGAUCAUCCGUCGGAAUUGAGUGGUCCUGGUUUCGGGAACCUAGUUCAGAACCUGAGCGGAGUACAGGAACUUCACCUUGAUAGUGGGUUACAUGGGGAUCUCCCGGAAAGGAUUUGUCAUCUGCCGAACUUACAAUUUCUCGAUGCCGGGUAUCAACAGGACCUCGCUGGCCAUUUCCCCGAAUUCCCUAGCGGAAGUCUACUCCGGUCUUUGAGGCUAACAGGAACUAGUCUUUCAGGCCAGCUGCCUAGCUUGAUAGGAUCUCUGAACCUUUUAGGCCUAGGCUUCUGUCGUUUACGUGGUUGCAUUCCGCCGUGGCUGAUGAAUAUGACCUACUUGACCGGGUUGCAGCUCCUGUACAAUGAUUUGGAAGGUUCGAUCCCAACCUCGCUCUCUAGACUUGUGAAACUCAGAUUAGGCAGCAUGCUUCCGACAUGUCUGGGCAACAUCAGUGGUUCUCUUUCAAUACUGAAUCUUCGGAGCAACAACUUUCACUGUCCCAUUCCUCGGAACUGGACGAACACGAGAAGCCUAAAUAUGGUCAAUCUAAGUCAGAAUAGACUCAAGGGGGAGGUACCCAGAUCAUUGGCAAGUUGCGACAUGCUGGAGUUCCUGGAUCUCAGAGACAAUCUGGUCAAUGAUAUGCAACAAAGUCUCCUGCCCACCACCGUGCCCAUAUACACGUACUAUGGCGAUUAUGACUAUUACUUGUCAAUCAACAACAAGGGCAUGCAAAUGGUUUGCAUGAAGAUUUUGGACGUUUUGAUGGCCGUUGAUUUGUCCACAAACCAAUUUGAAGGAGAAAUUCCUGAGAACAUCGGGAAUCUCAAAGGACUUCACGCUCUGAAUCUCUCUCACAAUGUGCUCACAGGACCGAGGGGAGGGCAAUUUGAUACGUUCCUCAAUACUUCAUAUCUGGAGAAUUCAGGACUUUGUGGGAGUCCGUUAUCAAAUGACUGUGGAGACUCGGCGUCAUUGCCACCGAGCGAGGAAGAUGAAGAUUCAGGGUUUUUGCUUGGUCUUAGUUGGCAAGCAGUUGUGAUAGGAUACGGUUGGACUAGUUAUUGGCCUCGCCUUUGA